CAAAAUAGCAAUUUGAUUGAAUAAUUCCCAAUGACAUAGAGCUAAAAUUGUAGCUUUAAUCAGUUGUUAGCAGUUAGUUAGCCUACAGUACUGAGUUUCUCAUUUAAAUAUGCCACCUAUUUUUUAAAGAAACAGAAAAAAAGUUAAUUGCUUUUUAACCCUCUACCUGACGUUCAAUGCGCUGUUUUUGUUUGAAUUUUUUUUUAAUUAUUAAAUUUAUAUUAUUUUUUUAACUGACGAACUGUGUUAAAAUAAAUAUAAUAAUUAUAAAUUAAAAUAAUAAAAAUAAUAGGGCGUCUUUUGCCAAAUCGAUUUAAGGAUUCUUAUUAAUUUUUUUCGUAAAUGUUAUUAUUUAUUUUAGAACGUCUUUUUGAGUAUGUUACAACUAUGGUAUGUGUGGCUGUCAAAGGAAAACCUAUAAUAGGAGUAAUUCACAAACCUUUUUUAAAACAAACAUAUUGGGCUUGGGUCGGUAAAGAAAAAUCGAAAAAUAUUAUUAUUAAGAAAGCAUCUCGGAAUCAAAAACUAAUAAUUAUAUCUAGAUCACAUAGUGGUAAAAUUCAAGAAGUCAUUACCAAAAGUUUCUUUCAUCCAUUUAAUUUGGUCAAGGCUGCUGGAGCAGAAAAUGGCGAAGGAGCCGCACUUACUGUCAACGGUGAGCGAUAUAGGACGAUGAUAAGAGAUUUUUUUGGCCUAGAGUGGAUGGGAUGGAUCUUGCGAAUAUUUGGUUCCAACAGGACGGUGCUACGUGCCAUACUGCAGUCUAGACACUCACUUUAUUGCAUUAGAAGUUCGAAGGUUCCGUAA